AUGCCGGCUGACGAGAAUAGACCCUGGAAUAAGCUUCCACCCUCCAGCGCGUCAGAAGUUCAUCCCAACGGUUACAUGGAUAACCACGGAGAUCGCGGUGAUACUGAUGUCGUCUAUUGGGACGACUGGACGAGUCCGGACGACAUGCGAGCCAUGUGGGCCGACCCGAGCGUUAAGCUGUUGUGGGAGGCGAGGCGAGACGCAUCCUGGAAGGUUCCGUUCAUUACGGAGGCAAUUGGUGACAAGAGAGAGCCGUGCGUCGGCCUCGAAGAGCUCCAAGCGGCGGUUCUCAUUCUCAUGCGCCGCCACUUCAGCGGGCGGUGCAAGCGGUUGUGGCCGACAGGGUUCGCGGGGAAUGAAGGCGACGCGGUGCUGGCGGUGUGCGCCGUGGCGAGGGCGGCGAGUGGGUGGCGGGUGAAUGUCGGGCGUUGUGAGGAACGUGUUGGAGCUGGGCUUAUGGCGGUAAGCCAGUGGGGCCGACAGGGCUGGCGGGCAGCGAGGGUGUGUGCUUUGGCAAGAGUGGCGAGUGGGUGGCGGGUGAAUCUCGGGCGUUGCGAGAAAGGUGUUGGAGCUGGGCUCAUGAUGGUAAGCCGCAUGGCUGGCGGGCAGCGAGGGCGAUGUCGUGCUGGCGGUUUGAGCCUUAGCAAAGGCGGCGAGUGGGUGGCGGGUGAAGGCCUGGCAGGCAGCGAGGGUGGCGCAGUGCUGGCGGUGGGUGCUUUAGCGAGGGCGGCGAGUGGAUGGUGGGUGAACUUUGACUGUUGUCAGAAAGGUGUUGGAACUGGGCUCAUGAUUGUGCUGCAGUCAUCAGCCGAGUGGCUGGCGAAGGACAUGGGGUAUCGGGCUUACGCUACUGAUGUGACAUCCUCCAUGACCCGCCGCCCGUUUCCCGGCCUUUAUUACGGCAUGGCGUACCUUGCAUGGCUCACCACGUACAAGGGCGUCGCACGCAGUGAGGAGUUUGUGGUGCGUGCAUACCACGGAGGGCCAGGGGGGUGGGAGAAAGGGCCUGCAGCAAGUCACUGGAACAAGUACCGGGAGGCGAAAGAGGUGGUUCUCCGCAUGCUGCACGGCUCGUCUGCACCAUCCCUCCCGUCCAUGCCAGCCCCGUCCCUGUCGCCACCUGUCCUUCCCCCGACCCCAUUGCGACCUGCUCUUGACCCACUUCACCUCCAAUCCAGCCAUGCGUUGGUCGCUCACCCACCACACGCCCAUGCUACUGCGGUGCUGCCUGCACCAAUCUCCCAUCCAAACAGCUGCUCCUUGAGCGACCAUGGCCCUAUUCACACAGAUCAGUUCCAGCAGUCCCCCUUCACAGCUCCCAUCACAGCAGGCCCUCAGGCGACCAUUGCAGCAGCCCAGCCAGCCUCCUUCUCACCAGCCCCACAAGGCCCCUUCACCUCGGAUGCGGAAAUUUCAGACGACUUACGAACACCGGGCGAUGGCGAAGUUUGGCGAAGCAGCGGCGACACGAAGCAUCGUCGCGCGUACCCGGUGAUACAGCCAGACACGAAGCACACGAAGCUCAAGGUGUCGCAGGAGGGUCUCAGCGUGAUCAGAAGCAUCAAGAACCCCAUUGCCAUUGUUGCGGUGAUUGGACCGUACAGAUCAGGCAAAUCUUUCCUGCUCAACCAGCUGCUUACACUCACAUGCGAUGAAGGGUUCGGGGUCGGGCAUGCACGUGACACCAAGACCAAGGGCAUAUGGGUGUGGGGCGACCCAAUGGAGAUGCAGGUGAACGGGCAGACCACGUCGGUGCUCUUUCUCGACACAGAGGGCUUUGAGAGCGUCGGCAAGUCGUCCGUCUACGAUGACAGGAUAUUCGCCCUCGCUACGGUGCUAAGCUCAGUGCUCAUCUACAACCUGGCAGAGACGGUUUUGAGUGAGGCAGACGCAAGCUUUGCUGAGUCAGACGCAAGCUUUGCUGAGUCAGACGCAAGCUUUGCUGAGUCAGACGCAAGCUUUGCUGAGUCAGACGCAAGCUAUGCUGAGUCAGGUGCUGGCCAUGUCAUUCUCAUCCCGUGUUGCUCGCAGCGACCCCCACUGCCCUCACACACCUCCUGCUUUUGUGUCGACGCUUCCUGUGGGCAAGACGGUGCAGGAGAUGGUGCGGGGGGCUCUGCAAUCGGUGCCGAACCCGCUGCUUUCUUAUCCCCUCCCCUCACUCACACCCCUUGUCCUUUUCUCCCCCCACCAGAGGGCAAGACGGUGCAGGAGAUGGUGCGGGGGGCACUGCAGCCGGUUCCUAACCCAGAGGGAGACAAGGACGUGGAUCAAGUGAACCUCAUCCGCCAGUCACUCAACCUCAUGGCCGCCAACAGCACUGCGUUUGGGUUGACGCAGCCACACCUGGCGAGGACGCGUCUGUGCGAACUAUCAGAUGACGAGUUGGACCCCAAGUACGUGCGCCAGCGCAACCAGCUGCGGCAGCUGGUGGCGUCGCUGGUGCAGCCCAAGAUUGUGUCGGGGAAGCCGGUUACAGGGGAGGAGUUUGCAGAUCUGCUUGAAAAGACUCUAAACGCGCUCAACAAAGGCCACAUCCCAACAGCUGGCUCUGUGGUUGAUGCAUUCAACCGUGCGGUGCAGGACAAGUGUCUAGCGAUCUACCACCAAGCCAUACGCCAUGUGCUCCUGCCCGCAGAAGAAGCAGCACUGAUGGCGGCUUAUCGCAACGCCAGUGGGGAAGCAGUGGCGGCGUUUGAGAGGGAGCGGUUUGGAGGGAAGAGCGUGGAAGAUGCUGUUCGGCCCCUGAAGGAUGAAUUACGAGAGGAGCUGGUGAAGCUGAAGCGCGAGAACGAGUUUGCAUCAGCCAAGGCGUGUGAGGGCGCGCACAGGGGGUGUGAGGAGGAGUUAGACGCUCUCGCCAACAUGCGCCUGCCAUCGGUGGCCAAGUUUGAUGCCCGCCUGGAGGCAUGCAACCACACCGUGGAAAAUGCUUGUCGUGGGCCGAGUAAAUCAGCAUACAGGGACCGACUCAAGAAGACCUGGACUCGUGAACGCUCUCAGUUUCUAAAGGAGUACAACCAGCGGCUCUUCAAUUGGCUGGUCAUCGGCUCUCUCGUGCUCGUCGUGGUGGGGCGUUUCAUGGUCAAGUGGGUCGUGGUGGAGGUGCUGGCCUGGGCGCUCUUUGUGUUUCUGGAGACCUACACGCGCAUCUUCUGGUCCUUUGACUCGCUCUACCUCAACCCCGCCUGGCGCACCUUCGUCAACAUCUGGGAGGCCGUCGUCUACAACCCCUUUAUCGACCUCGACCU